AUGCCCAAGAGGAAGGCCAGCUCCGCCGAAAGGGCGGCGAAGGAGGAGCCCAAGAGGAGGUCGGCGAGGUUGUCAGCUAAACCUGCUUCUGCAAAAGUGGAAGCGAAGCCACAAAAGGCGGCGGGAAAAGAGAAAUCUUCAGCCAAAAAAGUGCAAACAAAGGGGAAAAGGGGAGCAAAGGGAAAACAGGCUGAAGUGGCUAACAAAGAAACAAAAGAAGACUUACCUGCAGAAAACGGAGAAACAAAAAACGAGGAGAAUCCAGCCUCUGAUGAAGCAGGAGAGAAAGAAGCCAGGUGUCAUUAG